CCCAGUUUAGCUAGAGGUCAUCGAGCUCCACCAUCGCCAAAUCACAACUUGCCGCCAUCACGGAUCACGGCCUCACAAUUUCGAUACCCCGUCACGUCUGUCUCUUUUGUUUCAAUGCAUCAAUCCUGAUCAACCACCACCACAAACCAUGGGAUUCCAGUGGCGCUUUCCAUCCGAGCCGACAGAAGCGAACUCGACUUCACGCGCGUUACAAGACCCAGAGCUGCAGCAGCAACUGCAGCAGCUCAAGCAGAUUCGAGAAAAGGAACAAAGGCUUUUGCAAGAACGCCGCGAGUCACUCAAUACCUGGUUUGGCCCUCGAUCAUUUAGACAGCUGGGUCUCUUCUUCGCUGGUGCGGGCUUUCUCGCCUGCACCGUCGGCAUCACGCGCCGCGCCGUCCUCCGCAAGCAGGUGGCUGCGGCACCCAAGUUCUUUUCGCCCAGCAAAUACAUCAAACCGGAGCCACGCGUCGAUGCCAAGGGGAACACGACAAAGGUCAUCGAUCCAGAGGCUGAAGGGGGUCCGCUCGCCGUCCAGGCCCUGGGCCUGGCAACAUUGAAUGUCUUUAGUUUUGCCAUAAUGAUGACGGGCGGCCUGAGCUGGGCCUUUGACAUAUCGGGCAUGGACGAUCUGCGCGUCCUGGCAAGGAGGAAGAUUCACACCGGGGAAGGCGAAGCAGAUCCGGGGGGCGAAAAGGAGAUUGAGGACUGGAUGUCCAAUAUGAUGCUAGGCAGCAAGGAUUCAAGUGAUCAAGACACCUCCACAGAUGGUACUGCUACCACGGAGCCGGCACCAUAGGGCAAGCCGAAGCAAGGGCUUGGGCGACUUGGCUGAAAUGCUGCCGAAGCUGCCCACCCACCAUCAACUUUCAGCCGUGACACAAGCUGAAAAAUAAUAUGAGACAAUUCUAUCGAAUCGCACGUCUUCUGGAAGUCACCGGUCAUAUGCAGCUGCAAAUUGGCAAGUGUUGCAAUGACAGCAAGCAGCGGUGAAGGCAGAAGCUUCAACCUUCAUCAUUCAUCAUUCAUACCUAGGCAUCCAUGUCCAUGUCCAGGCCCAGCGAGCCCGGAAGCUUUUGUCCUGCCCUAGUUGCAUGUUAUAAUUGUCGUUAUAUGUAUUGCUUUUCAACAGGGGUCCUACGUCAGGAUUAGAGUCGCACAGAGGGGUUCUUAAUGCGCCAAGAAGACAUCUCAAUCUGUACUCAUUCCGUUUCCCCUUCAUGAAGCUUGCCACAGUCUCGGGACAAUGGCGUUUUUAUUUUUAUUUUUUUAUUCCUCUUCCUUUCUUAUGACACGCGACUCUGGCAUAUACCUACCGGCAUGGAAGGUUGAUAUCCAAUUGCAGCAGUACACGUAGCAACUCUUAGGCACCAGGCGUUUCUUGCCACGGAUUCUCCUACAUAUCCAACUCCUUUCUUAAGCAACGGCACACCGUCGUCUUUGCUGGAGGUGUUUCUCUGAUUUGCCGCCACCAAUUGGCCAAAGACAACUUGCGACAGCAUACUCCGGCAACGUUCAACACUGGCAAUGGGUAAAAUUCCCCGCGGCAGCCAUGCUGCACGCCAAACAUCACAGCCUCCGGCACUACCACCUAUCCCGCAACAACAGCCACGUUUGAUAACGUCCUUACUGAUAUUUGCCGAUUCAGAUGAUGAGGAACGCGAACUUGAGUAUGAUGGACCAGAAAUUCCUGAUGAAUUGAGGAAUAUUCUCGUCGUCCCCAGGAAUCCAAUGCAGCCUGUCUUGACAAGCGCAAAGUUAGUCCUAGACUCGUGGGUGGAGAGAGAAGCACAUCUUACGAACGAGGAUGAAUCUACACACUCCUUUGAUUUCAGUACAGACGAAGGCUCUGACGUUGAACCGGAUAACGCAAAGGCUGUACCGUCUCCUAAAACCCCGCAAAAAUCGUCAUGGAGCCCGUCUCAAGCGUUGAAUGUGCAACCCUUCUUCCCAACUGCGACUGCAUCUACCGCCAUGGAAGAAACGGCCAUGAGUCUCCCUGUUAGCUCAAACUCCGAAUGUACAGCUUGGGAUAUUCCUGCAACAAUGCCGGGGACUUCGUACGGGAUUAUAGGUGCAAAUCCAAGCCAGUCUCGAGAUACUAACCCCCUGGAAACAUCACAAAUGGAUGGUCUGAGUGAAGCAGCCUGGACUCAACCCAUGGAUCUACACAAGCCCACAACUUUGGAGUCUUCGCUUCAGAACUUUAUGCAACUCCCUUUUCAGCAAAUUUCAUCCAUAGAUCCCCUCGACCAGAACAUAUGCUCUAUUGCGGACCAUUUUGCAGAGCAAAAUGGCAUGGGUGAGGCCUGUGGCUGGGUACCGGAAAACCUAACAGAUCAAAACUCGGUUGCAACCCGUCCCACUGCCGAUAUUACAUACACAAACCCUGUGGAUCACACAGCUGCGCCCAGCUUCAUACCUCAGCCGGCCUUCCUUGAGCAGAUUAGCUUUGGCACCAUGUCAUAUCAGCCAGAUGUGAUGGGCUCCUUUCCACGGCCAGAUGAUCAAACCUGGGCCCAGUCGCAGCGAAAUCAAGCACAAGAGCAGCAGCAGCAACAGUUGGUAUUCCCUGCAGAGGCACCGAUUGAUGGCUCCAAAUAUGCCACGAAUGACGAAACAAGCUACAUGUCGAUAUCACCAUCUUCGGCACCGCCAGAUUCGAGACAGGAUGGUCUUCCAUGGGGAAACACAUAUGCCGGGCCAACCCUUUACAGCCCAGAUUUGGAGGAUGUCACAUCUACACAGUCGCAACAGCUUUGGAUGGAACAUUAUGGGUCUCAGGGUGAUCCAUAUAAACGACCGUCGUUCGAGCAGCACGAUACGCACAUGCAGCAGUAAUAUACGGGAUCCUGUCCGCUCCCCCUAGCCAACCCAGUCAGGGCAGAAUUGAUAUAAGUGCCACGGGAGCUAGGGUGGUUUUGUAUAAGCAAUUCGGACAACCAAGCUGAACCUCGUAAUAAAUUUUGGCUUUUUGCAAUUUCAGUGUUACUUGACUUAGUUCAAAAAUACAAUCGGA